AUGCAGGAUAUGAAGGCUUUGAUACUUAUUGGUGGUUACGGUACGAGGCUGAGACCUCUCACGCUGAGUGUUCCUAAACCACUUGUCGAAUUCUGCAACCGUCCUAUGUUGGUACAUCAACUUGAGGCUCUUUUUGAAGUUGGGAUCACCAAGGUUAUCCUAGCAAUUAAUAGAGAAGCUUCAUCUUUAGAAGAGUACAUUCGAGGUAUUCUCAACACAGUCAUACAAGACAAUCCAGUUGAAGUAUGCUUUUCUUACGAAGAUGAGCCACUUGGGACAGCUGGACCGUUGGCCCAGGCGGCCUCCCUAAUUAACGAAGACGAAGAGCCAUUCUUCGUAUUAAACAGUGAUAUAAUCUGCAAUUAUCCGUUCAAAAAAAUGCUAGAAUUCCAUUUGCAACAUGGACAUGAAGGAACUAUGGCGGUUACAAAAGUAGAAGAACCUUCAAAAUACGGGGCAGUGGUUCACAAUGACAAAACGGGUCUAAUUAAACAAUUUGUGGAAAAGCCAAACGAGUACAUUGCUAACAGAGUUAAUGCUGGUCUAUAUAUUUUCAAUCCUGCUAUUCUUAAGCGCAUUUCGCUUCGGCCAACUUCGAUUGAACUUGAGACUUUCCCACAAAUGGUUUCUGACGAUGAGUUAUAUUGUAUCGAAUUCUCCGGCUUCUGGAUGGAUGUAGGACAACCGGCAGAUUAUCUUCUGGGCAUGCGUCUUUACCUUGGAUACUUGUAUGAAUCUAAAUCACAGAAACUCACCAAUCGCUCAUCAAUUAUUGGAAAUGUGCUUAUAGUAAGCAUUUUUUUAAUAAAUAGUUCUAUUUUUAUCAACUGUUUGAUUUAG